CGGUGGCUUUACACGAGCCGAUCACAGCGUCGUAACAUCUUAACGUCGCAUUAGCAUCGAGCCAUUGUAAUCAAAUCGACCUUCAUAUUUGAUGCGGUUGAGAUUCGGCUGGCUGAUAUUCCGCAAGGCGUCGUCGCCUCGCUGCGCCUUCCAGUGACCCGAGUGGGCGGCCGCGUCAAGGUCGUGCACAGUGGCGGUCAUUCGACCCAUGAAUGAUAGCCAGGUUAUCCAAUGCGAGGGUCGCGAUUCGACUGCGAUGGUCAAGCACGAGGAGCUGACAGCAGUGAUGGUGACCAAGAUGCAACAAAACAGUAAGGCGGCACGCUCCAAUCUGCCGACGUUCAGGAUGAAGAUGAUGGAUUACGAUGCUUGUCUGACAGGAAAAUGGAAAGGGGAGGAGAGGACAAGAGUCGUGCUCUACAACCACUCCUUGAAGACGGAGGCUGAAGCUGCAGAGACAGCCACCUUCUUCUCCUUGAAGGUCUUCUUCGACGCCGCGUGCAUUCCGCCGGGGUUUCGCAGGCCUCUCCGGGCUAUGUACUUGGCCUGGAUGCCCUUCUCCGCCCUCUUGACGACGUUGUCGAUUUGCAUACGCACCCUGCGUAACAUGCCACCGAGACUGUUAGCGAGAUCGUACAGUUCAUCUUGCGCAACAAUCGUCACAGCUCACCUCCUGCACAAGUCGCAGAGAGCCUCGUGACUCAACGUGCCUAGAUUGGCCUCAUCUGGUUCCCUCGGACGCUGGAUGAGUAAGGUCCGAUUCUCCCCACCUGGCCCCU